UGCCCUCCAUGAUGGGCCGACAAAUUUGACAUUCAUCAAAGCUCAUUAUUAGCUUAAUUUUAUUUUGACACCUCCCCUAGGAAGAACUUCAAAAGAAAAUUGAAAAAUUAACAUACAUUCUUGAUUCCACUAACUUUAUUCAAAAAUCAGUAUGUAAACCCCACUAUCCUCAAACACAAUCAACGACUUUUCUCUCUUCAAUAAUUGAUUGACUAUUAAUACAUAAUCACUACUACUCCUUUUCUCGAUCCAUCGGUUUCUCCUAAAUAAAUAAUUUAUUUUACUAAACGAAAAUCAUGGGAAGGAGAGAAUAUUAACUGGCAGUAGUUACUCAUUUCAUCAAUUUAAUGAAGAAAGUAAGAUCAUAGUAUUCCAAGAAUGGAAAUAAUUAAUUAGAAUCCACGAGAUCUCACUUCCCAAGGAUUUUUAGUAAAAUUGUUGGCUCCGUAGGAAACGCUGAAAAGAUUCAAAAGAUAAAUUCUUCUAGAUCGUCAAAUUCAUCAAACAAAUCAAAAAAGUUAUGCCUUCAAGUCUAUCAAAUCAAGUAUACCUCCAAGAAAAAAAAAAACACCAUAGUUUUUGGACCGACUGAGAAUAAAAACCAUGCAUAAUAAUAGUCAUGGAUUUUACAGGGAUUUCUCAAGCUCAAAGCUAUGGAGGCCACCAAUCAAGAAGGGUCCUACAACUUCUUUAACCAUUUUUCUCUUCCUCUUCCUCCUCGUUGCUGUCUGGAUUGCUUCUUCUUGGAUCAAUUCUUCUGUUGUUGUAGUUACUGAAAACCAAACCAAGAGUCAUCAUCAUCAUCGUGUUAUUGUUACAAAACAAAUCCUUACCAAUGAAGCUCCAAAGAAGAAGAAAAGGGUUCAUCAAUUUCCUCUCAACUGUUCUUCAUCAAAUGCUACUCAAACUUGUUCAUCCAACUACCCUACAAAGAUUAAUAAUGUUCAUGAAUUAGUAUUUCAUAAUAACGUGACGUGCCCGGAAUAUUUUCGCUGGAUUCAUCAAGAUUUGAGGCCAUUUAAGGCUAGUGGAAUCACAAGAGAAAUGGUGGAAAGAGCUAAAAAGACAGCACAUUUUAGGUUGGUGAUAAAGAAAGGGAAGGCAUAUGUGGAGAGUUACAAGAAAUCAAUACAAACUAGAGAUGCUUUUACUUUGUGGGGCAUUUUGCAGCUUCUUAGAAGGUAUCCCGGAAUGUUGCCGGAUUUGGAGCUCAUGUUUGACUGUAAUGACCGGCCGGUGGUCCACCGGAGGGAUUACCGUGGCCCGAACGCCACGGCACCUCCACCGGUAUUUCGGUAUUGCGGCGACCCAUGGACGCUUGAUAUUGUCUUCCCUGAUUGGUCAUUUUGGGGUUGGGCUGAGAUAAACAUAAGACCGUGGGACAAAAUGCUAAAGGAAAUCAAAAGAGGGAACAAAAAGAUAAAAUGGGUAGAUAGAGAGCCCUAUGCCUACUGGAAAGGCAACCCUUAUGUUGCUGAAACCAGGCAAGACCUCCUCAAGUGCAAUGUAUCCCAACAACAAGACUGGAAUGCUCGUCUCUUUAUCCAGGAUUGGGUCCGUGAGUAUGAACAAGGAUAUAAGCAUUCAAGUGUUGCAGAUCAAUGUACAUACAGAUAUAAGAUCUACAUUGAAGGAUAUGCAUGGUCUGUUAGUGAGAAGUACAUAUUAGGCUGCAACUCACCGACACUAUUAGUCAACACCAAAUUCCACGAUUUUUUCUUGAGAAGCUUACAGCCAUUGAAGCAUUAUUGGCCUGUUAAACAAGAAGACAAAUGCAAAUCCAUCAAGUUCGCUGUAGAUUGGGGUAACUCUCACCAACAAAAGGCUCAAGAAAUUGGAAGAGCUGCGAGUGAAUUUGUUCAAAAUGACCUAAAGAUGGAGUUCAUAUAUGAUUACAUGUUCCAUCUGAUGAAUGAAUAUGCUAAACUGUUGAAGUAUGAACCAGAAAUCCCAGAAAAUGCCGUGGAAUUAUGUGCAGAAAAAAUGGUUUGCCAUGCAGAAGAUGGGCCGGGCAAGAGGUUCAUGAUAGAGUCACUAGUUAAGAGCCCAUCUGAAAGAAGCCCAUGCGGACUUCCACCUCCUUAUGGAGUUCGUGAUCUUGGCGCAGUAAUUAGGGAAAAAGCCAAUUCAUUUUCUCAAGUGGACACCUGGGAAAAAAAUUUGUAUGAGAAUUUUACAAUGGCAGCAGCAAGAAAAUAGGUAGCUAAAAAUUUAUGAGCUACUUUUAUUGUUUUCCUUAAAACUGUUAAUUCAUUGUUCUCUUCCACCAUAAAAAAAAAACAAAACAUAACAAAACCCAAGGAUACUGUUGAUAGCAUAGUUUGGGGUUAAAUUACACAAACUUCUAGCCUUGAAAGGGAAAAAAUUUAGAUAUACAGUUUGAAUCCUGUUUAUUCGAGCAAGCUCAUAUAUAUACUCUUCGUCCCAAAAUUAUUAUUCAGUUUGAUAUUUCACUUUUAGUACAAUUUGAACUACAAAUGAAAAUCUAAACUGGACAAUAUUUUUAGAACGGAGAGAGUUGUAGUUAGAGC